GCGGAGGAGUUGUUUCAGGACAAUAUUAGGCCUACGUUAGCCCCAUGGAUGAGUUAUUCCCGAGGGCCGUGGAUUCGAGGCCAGAGGUGUUCAAAAUGGAUCAGGACCUAGCGUCUGCUGCUAAUGAGAGCCCUUACGACAAAGCUGAUGUCCAGGAAAAUGCUCUCGAUAAUCCAACCCACGAGAUGGACACGGGCGAACAGACCAAUGUGGACAUGCCACCACCGCCGCCACCCGAUGAAGAUGUCCCGAACGACAUCGAUUUGGUCAUUGACGCCGAGGAAGAGAUCACUGAGCCUUCAGCCUUGAUCGACGUCAAUGUAGUGGAUAAAAACGGAGACGUCGUCGAUGAGGGAGACGGUAACGCCAUCGAGGAUCCGGAUGGUGUGGAGCCGCAUGAAUACUCAUACGUCGAUACGGUUAACGAGCCGGUGAACGAGGAGGCCGGUCCAUUGCCAAGCAAAUCGAUUGAAGAUAAAAGGUACGAGACCAUCAAAUUGCAGACAGAGUAUCUCAGUGAAGAUGAGAUACAACGCAGAAGGGAUAAAUCUCUCAAAAUCUGUCUUGGGAUGUUUGUCGUGGUUCUCAUCGGCCUUGCUGUGGGACUGAUUGCAUUCUUCAUCAGUAAGCAUGCAAACCUUCACAGCGAAAACUGUGGUGCACUGCUAAAACUCCAGAGAAAGUGUUAA